UGUGUGUGUGUGUGUGUGUGUGUGUGUGUGUGUGUGUGUGUGUGUGUGUGUGUGUGUGUCUCUGCAGGGGAAGUGCAUGAAGCAGGUCCAGGAUGUGGUGGAGCGUCUGUGGGACUUCAUCGAUAAGCUGGACAUCAACACGUUUGGGAAGUUCCUGGCCGACAACAUCGUAGGCUCAGUGGUGGCCUUCUCACUGCUGUUCUGGGUCCCCUUCAGCAUCCUGGUCCACUGUGUGGACAAGAAGCUGGAUCAACAAUAUGAACAGACCACCAAGACUCUGUUAUUCCACAGCAAUGCAGAGCUCCUGAGCAGCCUCGAGUCCGCAUCAGUUAGGAUCGUCAAACCUCCAACCUUCCCGACCAGCACUUCCUCCGCUGGUCUUCGUUUCCAGCCGGGUCAGCCCUCGCAGACCCCCAGCAGCCCUCUGCUCCCUGGCUCCGCCCCGAUGACCCAGGCCACGCCCCUCUUGAUAGCCCCCGCAUGGCCACCAUCCAGGAGGACCCCAGCUUGGACACCGAGGCUCUGGAGGAGGCGUUCGGCCGGCCGGCCGGCUCCGCUCAGCGCUCUUCGAGGACCUCACGGAGAAUAGCGUGACGAAUCGCGGGCGUAGAAGGCGCUGAUGCUCAAACUGCAGAGACAGCAUCAGAUCGACACCAAGGAGACGCAGUGCUGAUUGGACGCGCGCAUGAGCGAGGGGUGUCACGGUCAUGCUGCUCCAAAAAAAUCCACAAUUUGAUUCAAUUUAAACUGUUUUUUCACCCCCAACAGUGAAGUCACUCUUUCUCAGCAAAACAUCAGACAUAUUUUGUCUAUACUUAUUAAAGGUCUCAUGACAUGGUGCUCUUUGGAUGCUUUUAUAUAGACCUUAGUGGUCCCCUAAUACUGUAUCUGAAGUCUC